AUGUUUGACGAAGAAGAGAAAGAACCUUUGGUAAUAUUUGAAUGCUUGAUGGCAGCUGAUGAAUUAUUAUUGGACGAGUUUAUUGAUUACACACAAACAUUAUUACUAAAUAAACAUAUCCAAUGGCUUAAAGACAACCUUCCCAUAAUCUUCCGUAUUACUUUUAACACAAAUGCAUUAAAGAAAUUACAAGAUUUCUGUUUAGAUCGUAUUCGCAAAUAUCCUAAUCUGUUAUUUGACUCAGAUGAAUUUUUAUUAUUGCCAGAAGAUUGCUUGGAACAAUUAUUAAAGGAUGAUGAAUUAGAAAUGGAAGAAAUGCCUUUCAAAAAAUCAUUGGGUGAAUUCUAUGACACAAUGGAGAAAUUUCAUUUGCCCAUCACCUCCAAUAAUGCAGUCACCAAUAGUUCUCCUUUAACAACAAAGGAAUUCACAUCAUCAUUGACAAUUUAUCGACCAAAAAAUCUUACAAUUUUGCCAUAUCGUGGAGCAAUAAUUUCAACAAUUAUGAGUGUACACCAUGCAAUAACUAUAGCCUCAUGGAUAGAUAAAAUGGAUUUAACAAGUAAUAAUAAUGGUGCAAGAAUAGUUGAGUCAGAUCACAAGUAUGCUUUAAAUUAUUGGAGAUCAAUUGGACCUUCAUUUGGUAAAUUCGAUUUACUAAUGGAAAACAAUAUUAUCAAAUUUAAACAUAGAAGCUAUCAUCCAAACAUUAUGCCAAUUGAUAAUGGGUAUGCUAGAAUUGAAGAUUAUGAAGUGUUUCAAGUGGUUAGGAAAGCUACUGUCUUGUCUCCCUCAUCUUCAACCAUUAUUAAUGCUAAUUCUACAUCUACUGAUAAAUCAGAAAAAACUAAAAUGGACUCUAAAUCAAGUAAAGUAGUUAGCAAUAAAAAAAAACUAGAACUUAUAGUAGAAAAAUUCCAACUACUUAAUGAGAAAAAAGCCAAAACUCAUUACAACUACCAGCUGAUGCCAGGCAUAGUCAUAAUGAUUACCUUUACAAGCAAGAAUGAUCACUGGACAGAUGCCAGGCAUGAGCACACCUUGCUUGUACUUCUACCACAACCACCAGCUGAUGCCAUGAGAUUGUCUCCACUUUACACUUCCAUGGGUCAACUACCAGCUGAUGCCAGGCAUAGUAGUCAUGGGCUUAGAGCUCCAUUUCAUUGUUCAAGAAGAUCUUGUUAUUUAGUUGAUGAAGCCACCUCAAUAGCUAAAUCAAGUGAAUCAACUUGA